AUGGACUUUCUGGACGACACCACACGCGUCGACGAGCCAUUAAACGAGGAUGAACUCGUCGGAAUCGAGUCUGGUUUCGUGGCAAGCGAACCUGCAACUUCUUCGCCACCAUCUGAGCCACCGUUGUUCCUCGCAGAGUCAGACGAGGAGCAGGAAAUUGUCGAGAUAAUGCAACCUACGACGUCAAAGAAGCAGGAUAACACGCCAAUGAAACGUCCAUCUCGAUCUCCCGACCUAGAACCACCGACCAAAAAACGACGAGUGUCUCCACCGGCAGUAGCGAAGCCACCAUUCAAGUCGAAGAAGUCAGAUGAAGAAUUAUCUUUGGAAGAAGGGAUAUAUAUAGGAGAAUUCAUCGUUGACGCCUACAGUCUGACUUCUGGUCAUAAAGUUAUGUCAGCUGGCCAACGCGUAUUCAUUUCACGUAGCCCUUCGCUGGAGACAUCCAAGAGCAAUACUACUAUCAAGAAGGGUGAUACAAAGGCCAAAGGGAAACAAACGACCCUCACAGGGUUUGUGGCAAAGUCGUCCAAAGAGUCCCGAGUCUCGAAGAAGCCCGACAACAUCGUUCGUUUCAUAUCGGAGCACGGAAGUCAGCUAGGUCGGCUUCCCGUUUCGGUAGCAGAAUUCAUUGGUAUCUGCUUGGACCUCAAGCUCUCCGUCUUUUCUGGGGUCAUCGUCGAUGCGCCAGAGAAGAUCAGGAUAGGAGACUCAAUCAUACUCUCCGUCAAGGCUUAUUUCUCCCCCUCUGCGUUUCAAAAGCCAUCAGAACUUCAUGACAACGAGUCGGACAAGAUCUUCAAUGAAGGAACAGAAACGGCGACAGAGAAGAUGUUGCGGGAAAGAAAGGAAUCACUUGUCAAGUUGAUGGAUAUGGUUGGCCUUCGGCCCCGUUCGACGUCCCAAUUGAAAUCAGAACGCUCCUUGGAGAAAGUGAAGCCUCGUUCUGCACCUAGAGCGAACCAAAAGAAGAGAAUUGAAAUAAUAGGAGAGGGAGAAGACAUGGAAGAGGUUGAGAUAGACGAAGAUGAUGAAGAAACUCUAGAUGAGAACGACUUGGACUUGAUUUACAAGAGAGCACAGAAGAACGACCUCAAUCUACCAGAGAUGGAACCUGUGGAUAGUUUUCGUAUGACUUUGCGACCAUAUCAGAAACAGGCACUCCAAUGGAUGAAAUCAAUGGAGGAAGGUCUUUAUGAAGCUCGAAGCUCUAGAUCUAUGCAUCCAUUGUGGCAAGAAUAUGCGUUUCCAUUCGAGCCUUCUGAUGACGGCGUAAUUGAUCUCUCUGGAGAUGAGCGACCAUUCUACUUUAAUCCGUAUUCUGGAGAACUGUCUUUGGAGUUUCCUAAAUCGACUACACACAGUAAGGGUGGUAUUUUAGCGCUGCGGACCCGUCGCUCAAAGAUCAUGGCACGUCAAUUUCUUGCAGAGAUGGGAUUAGGAAAGACGAUACAGAUAGCUGCAUUGAUUCACACUGUCAAGGCCAGUGCUCAAGACCUUGCAAGGCGAGGUGAGAAGGCCUCGACCGAGUCUAGCAAACCACAAAUCAAGCAACUAUCCAUCGAUCGUGCAUUCAGAGCAAAAGUUGUCUCGAGACAGAGCAAUACUCAGAGUCGUGCUACUCUGGUCAUCGUACCUACAUCUCUACUAUCACAGUGGGCUGGCGAGCUUCAACGCGCAAGCAAGCGGCACACGCUUUCUACUCUAAUUUGGCACGGAUCGAAUAGAGCACCACUAUCAAGCGACCUCCAGGAUGUCGAUGUGGUCAUCACAUCUUAUGGAGUUCUUGCAUCAGAGCAUGCGAAGCAACAAAAGAGCGUCACCUCGUCUCUUUUUGAGACUCGAUGGUUCCGUAUAGUACUCGAUGAGGCUCACCAUAUCAAGUCCCGUAUCAGCAAAACAGCAAAGGCAGCAUAUGCUUUGGAUGGACAACGGCGCUGGGUGCUAACUGGAACACCGAUUGUGAACCGUCUAGAAGACCUUCAAAGUUUGCUUCAUUUCCUGCAAUUCAAGCCCUGGUCCGAAUAUCCCUUUUUCCGAUCAUUUAUCACCAUACCGUUUCUUUCGCGAGACUCUAAAGCGCUCGACAUUGUUCAAGUGAUCUUGGAAAGCAUCUUACUGCGACGUGAGAAGAGUAUGAAAGAUAAGGAAGGCAACCCCAUCGUAUCUCUACCUGCAAAGACGGUAACUGUAGAGACUUUGGAAUUCUCUCCUCUCGAAAGGAAAAUUUACGACCAAAUCUAUCACAGGGUUAAAUCGACGUUCACCUCUUUGGACGAAAGGGGCGUUGUUGGAAAGAAUUGGCACUCGCUCUUUGCUCUUCUGAUGCGGCUAAGACGUGCUGUCUUGCACCCUUCUCUGAUUGCUGCCGGGAAUAGUGGCAUUGACCUGGAUGCCGACAGAGACGGUGAAGUGGAUGUCAACGAUCUGAUCGCAGAGUAUAUGAACGGUAGUCGUGCAAAUGGCAGCGAUGGCACAACUUCAUAUGCCCAACUGUCAGUGGCACUUCAAAAAGAGACGGAGCAAGAAUGCCCUAUUUGCAUGGAAAUCUGUGAUCCACCAGUCCUCUCGCCUCUCUGCAUGCACUCAAUGUGUAUGGGCUGCAUUACGGAUCAUCUCUCGAAGUGUCUGGCCAAGAAAGAAGAGGGCUCGUGUCCCAUUUGCCGCAAGGGUCCUCUACAUGUUCAAGACCUUGUGGAGGUACUCAGGACGAAAAAGGCAAAGGGCUCAGCGGCCUCCGACUCCUCUCCUGAACCCGAGGUUACGCGCCGUCGGUCUCCCUCCCAUACAGACGAGGACGCGACCAUGUUAGAGCAGGAAAUGAUCGAGUCAGAUGGUGAUCCAGAUGAGCCCAUGCGAGAAACGUCGGUCGAGGUCAUUUUCCGAAAGAACAACUUUCAGUCGUCGACAAAGCUUGACGCUUUAUUGCGAGAUCUUCGACGACUACGGGAACAGGACUCGACGUUCCGUGCCAUUGUUUUCUCCCAGUUUACAGGAUUCCUGGACCUUAUUGAGAUUGCGUUGGAGAGAGACAGAUUCCCAUGGUACAGAUUAGACGGCUCCAUGGACCCCAAGGCAAGAGUCAAGGCUCUUAAGCAAUUCAGUGAACCCAGCGACAAGCCCAAGGUCUUUAUCAUAUCUCUCAGAGCAGGCGGUGUUGGCCUCAAUCUGACUUCUGCAAAUCACGUCUUCAUGAUAGACUGUUGGUGGAAUUCCGCUAUAGAACAGCAAGCCAUCGAUCGCGUUCACCGCCUUGGUCAGGAGAAAGAAGUGUUCGUCAAACACUAUAUCAUUGCACACAGCGUCGAGAAUCGGAUACUGCAGAUACAGAAGAGGAAAACAGCCAUAGUAUCCUUUGCCCUCGGUAAAACCGACAGUUCGACCUCCGAAGGCAUAGAGAACCUACGUAUAAUGUUCGGGGACGACGACUAG